CGGAUCUAUUUGCUAGAUAAGGACGAGGUACGAAACAGUGUAUUUGAGUCAUGACGAAAUCAAGUUGAAGAAUCAUACACGAGAAUAUUUGGCAGAACAUAUUGGUGGGAACUGAGAGCAAAAUGGAUAUUUAACUAUCCACACUGAGGAGUUAGAGAUGUCCGAAAUGGAGAUGAGACAAAUUGCAGGGGAAAUAAACAUGUGUCCUUCAUCAACACCGGGAACUGUUCCUAACACAGACGUUCUAUUCCAACGAAUUGAAGAGCUUUCCAGAAACGGGCUAGCCUAUAUCACACAUCGACCACUUGACGAUGCCUUGGGCACAACACCUGCUGAUGCAGUACUGGAUGUGUUCCUCAUUUUGCAGGGCAUGCCAGUGCUUGUGUUAACUUUACUCAUGAACAAAUAUCAAUGUCUGGAUAAAGUAAGCGCGUACAACUUAGCUCUUACUGACAGGAUAGCCAAAGCAUUCAAGGAGGUCAGUCCUGAACAGUUCAGUGUACUUAACGGAGUGAUGUUAGAAUCAGACAUAAGCUCAGAGGUCCAUUUUGAGAAUUUUAUUCACAAUAUUCUUAAAGACAAUUAUAAGCAUUUGGAUCUUGUCGUCUCGGAAGAAAAGUACAAAUGUAUCAUCACCACAUUUUUAUCGUCUUUGGCUCUGACGUCUUCCAUUGUUGACAAGGACAAUUGUGAUGCUCUGUGGUUCUUAAGUCUGCAGAAAUUCUGUAUGGUAACAGAAACCAUCGAGAAGAAGGCUGUUAUUGUGAAAAUCAAACCAACUGAUGGCAGUAAGGCACUCAUGGGAGACGUUGUUGGAACACUAAAGACGUUAGGGUCAACAUUUGUGGUCAUUGAAUCAGAGGAAGCACCAGGAUCAGGGGAACCCACGCCAGCAGCCAGGUAA